UAUUUGUACAACCCUCCUCCCCUCCCCCUUCUCUCUAUCCCAACUCCAACUCCAACCCAGCAUCUAGUGUUCAGAACAUGUGCAAUUCCAAAAUAAAAAUAGGCCAUGCAGUUGGCCUCGCCGCGGUGACUCAAAUUGAUGGAAGGCCGGUGUUGCAGCCGGCUUGCAACCGUGUGGUGACCUUGGAGGCCGGCCGGCCGCCGAACAAGACUCUACAAAAAUCCAUUUCUUUACCUACUUUCUUCACCAACACCGUCACUAGUUCUGAUCUUGAUUCUAAUGUGACUAAACUUGUUGCUUCUUCACCCAAGCUUCAGUUCUCGCCUCCAUUGUCUCCCAAGGCGAAGCCUGCCAAGGCUGUGCUCAAGCAGAGCAACGACCCCAAUGGUCUGAACUCAAGCAAAGAAAAGCCGGCGACACCGAAGUGCUCCACGAAGUCGACUCCAGUGGUGAGGAAGAAAUCGAAGAAAUCAAGCAGCAGUGGCCAAGGUGGCCUUUCAAUAGAAUCAUCCUCAUUCUCAAGCUGUGAUAGAGCUCCCGGCAGCAUUGCAGCAGCUCAGAGGGAGAAGGCCAGCCUCAUGAAAGCCCAGAGGAAGAUGAGGACCGCCCAUUAUGGGCGGACCACAUCAAAGCUUGAAUGGAAGGUAAUUCCAGUGGAUUCUUCCAGCAAUGCUACACAGGAAGAGAAAAGAUGCAGCUUCAUAACAUCCUAUUCAGAUCCACUCCAUGUUGCAUACCAUGAUGAGGAGUGGGGAGUGCCAGUCCAUGAUGACAAGAUGCUAUUUGAAUUACUAGUGCUAUCCGGUGCUCAGGUCGGACUGGAUUGGGCUACCAUAUUGAGGAAAAGGAAUGACUUCAGGAAAGCUUUCGCCGAAUUUGAUGCAGAAGUGGUCGCCAAGUUCACAGAGAGAGAAAUGACCUCCAUCAGCACGAAAUAUGGGCUGGAUUUGGGGAGAGUUCGGGGAACGGUAGACAAUGCUAACCGAAUACUUGAGGUCCGGAAGGUGUUUGGGACCUUCGACAAGUUUGUAUGGGGGUUCGUUAACUACAAGCCCAUAUCUACCAAUUACAAGUCAUACAGGAAGAUCCCAGUCAAGACCUCCAAAUCAGAGUCCAUUAGCAAAGACAUGGUCCGCAGGGGCUUCCGGUUCGUCGGCCCAACCAUCGUCCACUCCUUCAUGCAGGCCGCCGGCCUCACCAACGAUCACCUCAUCAUGUGCCCCGCCACGACUACUGCUCCUCCAACUCCACCACCAAAAUCAUCUUAAACUUCUAAUCCUGACCGCCGGUAUAUAUAGCUUAUUUGUGUAUAGGCCUUUCUUAUGUAGCGUUGUGAGCAUUUUAUUAUUAUUAUUAUUAUUUUUUUUUGUGAUAUAAGUGUGGAUAAGAGAUCAGGAUGGAGAGAGACAAAGAAGGGGGAGUUGCAUGUGGCGAGGGGACAGAGAACAUGUGGGUUGGCAGACAACUGCUUGCGUGUGUCAGAGGGGCUUUUCUCUUUGGCCAUGUGACCGCAGUACACCUCAUUAUUCCCCAUUGCCACGAGGAGAAUGCUGUGUCAGGGACCAACUACUCCCCUUCGCCACUAGCCAUCCUUGGCUUGUCGUGUGUUAGUUCUCAUAGCUCUCUUUCUGCCUCUCGUGUUAAGUUGGUGCUUGCUUACUCGGUGGAAGAGUGGUGACAUUUCCACUGGUCUAACUACUGUUUUCCUAGAAGGAAAUGGAGCCACCUUCCAAGUGAGAUGGAUGGAGGUUGAGUGUGGGUUGUAUAUAUUGUGAUGUGGAUGUUUAGUUUGCUUAACAGAUGGUGUAUACUCUUUUCCUUUUUCCUUUUGAUAUCUGUACAAGAAUCUUUCUCCA